GGGGGAGAAUGCAAUGCUUCCAUCCUCCCCAGCCAAUUGCCCUCCCCACGACUUGCCCCAAGCGUGAUGGGGGUUCCAGCUCGAAGGCUCUGGGCGAGCCAGUGGCUGGAGCUGCGUUUGCAACCCUUUGCAUCUUUGCCCAAGAGGGAGGGGCUCUUGGGGUGUGGGUGUGUGAAGCCUCCGCCCAGCCUGCCCCUCCCACCUCUCCUCCCCCCCCCCCGACUUCAGUCCCUCUUUUUAGCCACGCGGAUUUCAUUUUCCUAUCUCCUUUUAUGAUCCGUUCCAUGGGCGAUCCUGAGAAAGAACAGGCGGGUGGGAUGGGGGCUUGGCUUUACCAUUGCAUUAGUCGUUGCAGUAUCCUUGGAUUAAGCGGCCCCCCACCCCCAAACCCCGAUUGCCACUGGAGUGGGUCCCACCAAGUAGUAGAAGCCAACGUCAGCUGUCUCUAUAGAGAUUCUCAGUCAUUCAGGUCGUGGUUGUCCCAAAGAUACAGCGACCUGCAUCUCUUUGAACUUCCCGGGCCCACCAGAGUCAUCGAAUGGACAGGAGACCAACGCAUUUGUGUCGCUGGAUACGAGAAUGGGAGCAGGAACGAAAUUCUCCAGCUUCUUCUGCCUCCGAGGCUGCUUGCAAAACAGAAUAAGGGUUUAUGUCCGGAGAGAGAUUUCAAGGUCGAAAGGGGUGGAAUCUGUGAUCGGCCCAUCUACAGACUCAAACAUGUCCCAGGAACCAGUUUGUUGGUAACCAGCGGGCCCCCGGACAGCGGACUUCAGAUUUGGCGAAUGGAACCAGAGGAAACAGAUAUGAUUAAGCUACUGAGUGUCAUCUCUCCCACAAAGGCAGAAGAUACUUCCUGGUCCAAAAUUGCAACCAGCUGUGCCAAACCGGCCUGCGUCCUCCACGGGCAAAGAAUCUGCAAUCUCCAAAUGACGGAAAUUGAAUCAGAGAAAAGUCCUUGGGUGGCUGCCUCUGCCAGCCCUGACAAAAUUGCCAGUCUGGACUUCCUGGAUGAAGCCACCGCCGUGGUGUGUGGUGCCAAAGGGCAGCUGUUCCUUGUGGACUUCCGGCAACAGCAGGGGAUUCUGGGAGCGCUCGAGGAGGCUCGGACCCCUUGGGCCCCGACAGAGGGGCUGAGCUGGUGUGCAGGAGUUGGCUCUGGAGAAACUCCACUGAUUGCCCGUUUCUCCUCGGGCGGCCUCGUUGUGUUGACGGACAUCAGGGACCCUUCCCGCCCCCUGAAAAUGGCCCAAUGCUGCGUCCCCAUCCCUAAUCUCUGUAGGGCAGACUUCCUGUCCAUCAGCUUGGCUCCUGUAUUGGGCGACAACCUGGCGGUGUCAGGUUUUGACAGGACAGUUCACGUCUACAACACACAGGACUGGGACUCCUCAGGCCAGGAAGCCAAGCCGGUGUUCAUUCACAAAGGACACAUCUUCGGCCUUCCCGGCAAGGAUGGGAGCAGUCCGGUGGUCACCAGCCACACUUGGCACCCUUGGAAGGCCCAGACAUUACUCUCGGCUGCAAGCGAUGGAUCACUGCACGUGUGGGCCUGGUCUGACCUUCGAGCAAGGGAGCCAGUCUGACGCCCUCUGCCUGCCCCUCCCUUGGAGACUGCCCUCUGAAGUCCCCUGCAAUCUCCACCCUUCACAGCACAUCCUGGAGUCUCUGGGUUUCAUGAUAUGUGUGAAUAACCUUGGGAGAUAAAAGAAAGAAAUGAAGAAUGAGAGCCAGAUAAGAGGCAGCUGAGCCCACAGCAAGAACGAGGAUGUGGAAAGCAUCUCAAAAAGGGACACUCUCUAGUUCUUUGGUUUGUAAAAGCGAGGGGGGGGGGGUCAGAAAUGAUCUUAUCUUGCAAGAUAAGCCUAUUUUUAUUAUUUGUAUUUCGUUUUUAUGUUCCCCCUUUUGAAUUGUUCGCUGCCCUGAGUCCUCCCGGAAA